UCAGCAGCCAGUCAAGACAGCAGGAUAACAACACAGCAGAGAUCAUUAUUUUCAUACCUGGGACUGUUUAUGGAUGCUGCAAACGUUGCUAUUAACCACUGAGACUUCUGGCAUACCACAAGAGAGAUAAAUAUCCUGCUUGUGCCUCUUGUUUUGGAGAGAAGAUCCACAGGAGUCGUAUUCCCUUCUAGCUAUCUGGCUAACAUGCAGCAUUAGUGUCUGGAUUUGCAGGAAAACUGGACUCCGGGAUUUAACUGAACUGCCCACUUUAAAAGAAAAAAAAAAACCUCUAUUCACAUGCAGCCACAACCCUGCUGGGGUUUCAUCUUGCAUGUAUAGCUGGACAGCUUAGCCAGCUCCACGGGACCGAGUCGUCGGCGCAGCUGAAAGCCGAGCACACAGAGCGUUCGGUCGGCCUCAGCGUCAACGCGAUGCCGCGGGUCGAGAUCGGCCCUCCCGCAGAGCUAGUGAAAGCUAGCUGGACGUAGCAGGCCGCUCCAAUUGGUCGUUAUCAUUCCACACACAACUAAUUAGUGUACUUGAAAAAGCACCUUUAUCAUUCAUCCUGCAUGGCGUUUUUAUUUUAUUUUUUAUAAGCCCAUAGCUAUAACUAUUAAUGCGAGUAAUGCAGAUGCAGCUGCAGCGUCUGUUGUUUACAGUGUGUUAGCAUGUAAAACAAAUCUCCCUGUUAUAGUUAGCUUGGGAGUGUGCUGGAGUGGAGUGGUGAUUUAUUUCUCACUUAUCAGACUCGAGGUAUGUUAUUUAGUGUGUGUGUGGGUUAAUUUGCCUUAGCAAUAUACACUAAGACAGUCACCAACCCUCCUUGGGGCAUUCAUGUCACAUUUGAACCUUAUCUAUGCAAGCAUACGACUUAAGAAAUGACACACAUCAAGAUAGUGCUUAGCUUGUGUGGGAUUAUUUAGUUUGGAAUAACUAAUAUUUACAUAUAAGGUUUAGUAUUGUAAUUUUCCUACAAGGUGUUAGAGAAUAUCACUCCAAAAUAGUGCUUGUUUUGUUAUGCUUGAAGAUACGCAGACCUACUAUAACAGACACAUGGGAGUUGUUGACCUGCUGGAGCAUUGCGAGACACAUCAGCCAUUCAUUCAUUCAUGAUUGAUGAUCCUUGAAGAAGCAGGCUAUCCUUUAUCCGGUUUCCACUACAGCUGAACCACUGCAUCAGGUUUUGUUUUGUUUUCAACCACUCUACCUGCACAUACACUAAAGUAACGCUUGUGAUAGUUUGAGCAGCACUUUCUCUUAAAUGUCCUAACUGGAAUCACUGGGGUGGAUGGGAACAUGAGGAGCAUCCUCUCUGAUCUUAUCCAGCUCCCAAGUAGCUGAUGCACAUUAGCACAAAGGUCUGAUCACUACAGAAAGCCCCCAUUGUGUGGACUUAAAACCGAAGAGGAAAGGGAAGACAACGAUGAUGAUGAUGAGGAUGAAAGAGGCCCAGUGACAGAGUUUGAUCCCUCACCAGGAAGCAGAGGAGAGUCACAAGGCUGCAGACAUGAGUCUCCGCCAACCCACCUCCACUCUGGACAGGCUCAGCAGUCUCACCAUCGGGGACUCGGAGCGCAAAUCCUCUGCCACGCAGCAGAGGGAGCCAACGACUGACGUCUCUGUUGAGAGUACUGGUCCUGGUCUUGUCCAGAGAUGUGUGGUCGUGCAGAAGGACCAGCUGGGUUUUGGCUUCACAGUGUGCGGGGAGAGAGUGAAGCUAGUGCAGAACGUCCGACCAGGUGGUGCAGCAGUCAAGGCCGGGGUCCAAGAAGGGGACCGAAUCAUAAAGGUGAACGGCUCGCUGGUAUCCUCCAUGUCCCAUCAGGAGGUUGUGAAGCUCAUCAAAUCCGGACCUUAUGCAGCUCUGACGCUACAAGGGCCACCGCCUUCAGCAGCCUCUUUGCCACUGGAGCCCCUUCCUACUGACCUUACACCCAUUCAAAGGACAUCACUAGGUGGAGAGGCUCCACCCCCUCCACCUCCACCCUUGCCUUCUGGACUGAGCAGCACCCCUUCCCAAAGAAUCACUGGACCCAAACCACUACAGGACCCAGAAGUACAGAAACAUGCCACUCAGAUACUCAGGAAAAUGCUGGAGCAAGAAGAGGCUGAACUGCAGGAUUUAAUGGAGGAGCGGCAGAGGAACCCGUCAACAUCUCUUGAAGAGCGUAUUGAAAGUGCCCAGAGGCGAGCUCACCAAGUCAGGGUUAAGAUUCAGCAAGAUCUGGAAGGAACACGGUCAGAAUCUAUUGCCAGUUACGUCAUAGCAGGAGAAGGUCGAUUAUCAAUGGACUCAAGUGAAGGAGACGUGGAGGCGUUUGAGAGUCCCCACUCCUCCCCCUCAUCUUCCUUCAGGACCCCCCUACACCGACGGCAGAACUCCGACACACACACCCUCUCUGAUUCGGGUGGCAAGGCCCAGAUCAUCGGCCCUGAGGAGGAGGAUGAAGAAGAUGAUGGCUAUGCUUUUAAUGAGAUGGACGGUCCGUUCCAGGACAUCGAGAUGUUGAAGCUUCGACCGGCCCACAUGACGGUGUUCAUGAGAUAUGUCUUCACGCAGCUUCUGGACCCCAACCCUCUGCUGUUCUACCUGUCGGUGGAGGCUUACCUGGGCUCCAGUCCUAAAGACGCCCGCUCACUUGCACCUCAAAUCUGCUCCCACUUCCUGGACCCAGACGCUCCCUUGAAAAUCAAAGCACGAGAGGAGUAUCUCACAGAUAUCGAGAGUCGACUACAAGCCCAAGAGGACAUCAGAGGGCCUCUGUCUGAGCUGCAGCAGGAGGUGCUGCCGGACAUCCAGUACCAAAUACAGGACUACAGGAACAAGCAGAUGAUGGGCCUCGGCUCUCUGUUUGGAGAAGGAGACCUGCUGCAGCUGGACGGAGACCCGGCGAAAGAAAGACAGGUGGUGGACAGACAGGUCACGGCCCUCUGGGAGAUACUAUCCAAGCACGAAGAGGACAGAAGUUCUCCUCUGGCGUCGGCUGUGCUCCUUUACCUCCGUCAUUCUGGCAUCAAACUCAGAGACUCCAAGGUCUUCCCUGGUCUGAGCACAGAGAAGGAGAAGUGGCUCGCCUUCUUAAAGACGAAAAAGCUGAGUGGUACAAAGAAAGAGAAAGAUGGAGAGGACAAAAAGAGAAAUCCCAUCCUGAAGUACAUCGGCAAACCCCGGUCCACAUCCCAGUCCACAUUCCAUGUCCCGUUGUCACCCACCGAAGUCCGUCCUGGCAGUGUGAGGAACAUCAUUCAGCAGUUUGAGAAUCACACAGAGACGGGAGAAGAGGAGGGAGGCGACCCUGCCGACCCCCAGCGGCUGUCCUCCAGCAGCCUGGGAGAAGACAGCAUGGACAGCCCUACGAUCUCAGUGCGUCUGGCACGCAGCGAGUCGUUGAAGGCUCAGGGUGAAGGUCGACGGCGGGGCGUCACUUCAGGAACGGAGUCUGUCCCCCGCUCGCGUAGUGAUGUGGACAUGGAGGACAGCGGGGAGGAGCGGGAGGGGCCGGGCCUCAGGCCGCUACAGCACAGCGCCUCGUCGUCUGCAUCCAGCAGCUCUGCGCGGUCUCUAGAGAACCCUACACCCCCAUACACCCCUCGGUCUAGACGCAGGAGCGUGGACUCACCGCUGGCCCUGCUGCCGGACGCCGGGGUGCUGGAGGAGGAAGUGUGUGACAGUCAGAACUGGCAGGAGACGGUUCCUCCUCAUGUCCUCGCCACGCUGAGUCAGAAGGAGGUGGACAGGCAGGCCGUCAUAUACGAGCUGUUCACCACCGAGGUGUCCCACCUACGGACCUUACGAGUCCUGGAUCAGGUUUUCUUCCAGAAAAUGAGGUCUGUGCUGAACACUGAUGAGCUGGCCUGUAUCUUCCCCAACCUGCCCCAGGUCUACGAACUCCACGCGAGUCUGUGCGAGGCGAUGAAGAAGCGAAGAGAAUCUCCCAUCGUGCAGAACAUCGGGGACGUUAUGCUGGCGAGGUUUGAGGAUGCUAAUGGAGACGAGUUUCAAGAACAGGCGUCCCAGCUGUGCAGCCAGCAGUCUCAGGCUCUGGAGCUCAUCAAAAACAAACAACGCAAAGACCCUCGCUUUGCUCAUAUUAUACAGGAGUGUGAGGCGAGUCCUCACUGUCGGAGGUUGCAGCUCAAAGACCUGCUUGUGUCGGAAAUGCAGAGACUCACAAAGUACCCUCUGCUGCUUGACAACAUCCUCAAACACACAGACGCGAGUUCUGCCGACCUCCCGUCACUCCAGCACGCCCAGGUGUGUUGCAGAGGGAUACUGCAAGCUGUCAAUGAGAUCGUCAGGGAAACAGAACACCGGCAACGCCUCAGCCAAUACCAACGCAGGCUGGAUGCUGCUCCUCAGUUCAAGAGUCUGGACCUGAGCACUAAGAAGAUGAUCCACGAAGGUCCCCUCACCUGGAAAGUCAGCAAAGAUAAGCAGUUAGAGAUCCAAGCGCUGCUGCUGUCAGACUGCCUGCUCCUGCUGCAGCGAGGCCCGGACGACCGGCUGCAGCUGCGAUAUCCUUCCCGCUGGCUGGGUGGAGGCGGAGGAGGCAGCGGAGACAGCAAGACCUCCUUCAGCCCUCUGGUGAAGCUGGACUCGCUGUUAGUGCGCUCGGUAGCGACAGACAACAAAGCUCUCUACGUCAUCAGCACCACAGAGAGGCAAAUCUACGAACUGGUGGCUGGGACAUCAUCGGAGAAAAACACCUGGAAAGACUUACUUGAAAAGACCAUCUCAUCAUCUGGUAGUUCAUCACCACUGAUCAAUCAUGGAUCCAUGCCAAUAUCUUCUCCCAGUCUUGGCAGUGCAUCCCCAGUCUCAACUGGAAGUCACGUCUACACAGACAACUCUAUGACAGAGCAGUCUGACUCCAUGGAGACUCAUUCCUCCACCGAUGACAUCGCGCUCUCGGCCGACACGACUACGGACCAAUCGGGAGCUUUCAUCUGUGGUGAACGACAAGCAGUUGGUGUGGCAGAGGCGGCUUUACAAGACGUUGAAACAUUAAGGCAGCUCAUAAUACGAGAUCUGGAAGAGGACGCUUGGAGCCACGAUUCAGACGACACACCCACCAACGAGACGGCCAAUGAAAGGGGCUCGUUCUCGGAACGUCAGCGGCCGGAGUCUCAGGAGACCAUCCUCAGCUUCAGCACCAGCGAAUGGGAGGCCGAGCCUGAAGAGGCUCCGACCUCAGACACGGAGCAGCCCAGCGUUCAGGUCAUAAGGAAAGCUGUGGUUGCGGGCUCUUCUUCUUCUGUCCCUGACGGCAUCACUGAUGAUGUCAGCCUCCUCUCCAACCAAUCAUCCAAGCCGAGUGAGGCCACAGCGCAGGGGAACUUUUUCUACUUGGUAAUGCCUACAGAACAAGGAGAGAGCGCCACUGAUGACCUAAACGACCCUCCAACCCCAACGGCCAGUCACUUCCCCCAGCCUCUGGAGGAAGUGACAUCAGCAGAGACGCAGCCAGAGGAGGCAACGUCAGCCGGCGGUCCGGCGGCCGACCAAUCAGAGGCUAUGCAGCUGGAGCAGGAAGAGGAAACGGAGCAGCUGAAGGCCGGGCAGCAGAGUCAUGUGAUCAAAAACGUGGAUGAGAUUUUUCUCACGAUCGAGGGGCUGAUGAGCAAGCUGCGCCAGCUGAAGGAAAUAGAGAACGCCCAUCACAAACUAUUAAAAACCCUCAAAGAGCCGUCUGUCAAUCAGGAGUCAGAAGACCAACAGUGUCGCUCAGCAACCGUCUCCAGGACACCGUCUCUGGAUCGCGGCUCAGGAGACGGCAAAGAGGGAAGUCCGGCAGAACCCAAGAUUCAGUCGACUGGAUUCUGAGGUCAGCGCAGACGGGAUUUAACUGGCAGUCACGCACUUGAUUGUUGGCAUCCGGACGCACCCAUACAUACCCACUGUCAGACUCAGGCACCUCAGCCCCGCCUCCCCUCACCCCCCCUCCUACACCUGCAUGCAUAGGCCAGAGGAGCAGAACCCAGGAAAGACUGUGGCCAUUUUUUAUUUUUGUUUUCUGUUGCCCUGGGAUACCAAGAAACUGGUCAGACCAACCUGGAUUUUCUUGUGAUCUGACUUGAACCAGAGCGUGAGCGAGAGAGAGUCCAGGGGAAAGAGAGGAUAAAGUAUGAAGGAACAAAAAAAAAGGCAGAAGACAAGUUGACUGGUGAAGAGAAGAGAGGAAGAAAAAAAAUUAAGUUGGAAAAACUGAAAGUUGGAAAAAUGACCAAGUUGGAUAUUUGUGAAGGAAAAUGAGUUAUCUCGCUUUUUAAAGCGCUGGUUGAAGGAACGGAGCAGAAAAAGUGUUGAAAUGUUAAUUUAAGGAGAAAAAAACAAACAGAGGGACCCAUCACCCCAGCACUUUACCCAUAAUGCAUCCCUCUGUCAUGUACGUCCUGUACGGUGGACUGAUCAGGGAUUGGAGACGCCACUACCGGCUUUUUUUAGGGGGCUGACGCUUGAGCCAAAAUGGCCUCCGCUGGUCCCCUUCCCCCACUUCACCCCCACCCACACCUCCACUGGUUGCUUUACACUGAGUUCACCUGCCAUCACGGCCGAAGGACUGUGUCUAUAUAAUUCAGGUUAUUUGCACUGGGUAAGGAAACCAUUAUCACACACAUACAAGCAUCAUUUAACCGUUUCAUUCAUCUCAGACGUUACAUCUCCACACCGCGGGAGAAACACUGCUUAGAGUUCAUGUUGUUGGGAACAGUCGCGGCCACACUCGCAUGUCCUCAAGUCUUCUUUUUGAGUAUUAAGAUGGCUGUUUGGAAGCAUAAGUGCAACAUAUUGAUCAUUAUAUGGGUCAUAAAUUGUUCAUGUUUUAAGUUCUGGAAAACACUACUGCGCUGUUUGACUACUGAAAUGCUGUGUCAGUGUUUUAUUUUCAGCGCUGCUUUCAGAGGCGAACGGAGAUCUCAGCGAUUUCAAAGUAAUAAGCUCAGCGGACACACACACAGACACACACAUCUGUUCUGAUCAUGUUGCGUUGUUUCGGUGGGAGAGUGUUUUUGAGGAGUUGGAGGAUGUUUACGAGGCAAUGUUGACGAUGGAACUGUGAGGAAAAAACCAGAGGCGAGGGGCGAAUACAGAUUCAGACGUUAGAAAACUUGAAUUUUUUUUCAGUGCAAACCUGUUUUGUCACUCAAAAGUGCUGCCAAAUACCGCCGCUUACAUUGCCUGUCUACACUUAUACGAUUUAACUGUGCAUCCUUUUUCCCCCCUCCUCUCUACAGCCGAUUGUGUGUGUAAAUAUACCACGGUGAAUACUGUGAACCAGCAACUCCCCCCACCACCACCACCACCACUACAUCUACCGGUCAUAAUACAGAUUACGUUUACACCCUUCUCAGCCCACAUCUAAAGCCAUCUAGGUACUUUAUUUACCAAGUCAGCCCCCCCACCCCUCUAACAACCCCCCUACCCUGCACAGAACAACUUUUAUUUAUUGGGAGAAAAAGAAAAUCUCUGUGAAUUUAGAUUUUGUUUUUUUUUGUUUUUUUUACAAACUCAAGUAUAUGCACAUGAUCCAAGUAUAAAAUAAUAAGAGCUAUAUGCAAGUGUUGGAUGAAACAAACAUUCAUUUAAAGGAAAGUGUGACAUUGUGGGGAAAUAUAUUUACUGGCUUUCUUGCUGAGAGUCAUAUUUAACGUACGGACAUGAGAGUCGUAUCAGUUUUCUCAUCUAAUUCUGAGCAAGAGAGCGAAUACAAAUAUUUCCCAGAAUGUGAAACGCUUUCUGUAGCUAUCGUUGGAUCAUAUGUCGGAGUUGUUACCAGCAAAGACUGACACUAAAGCCAAGUCCUUUUCUCUUUUUCCUUUUUUUCCUCCCUUCCCCUCAAAGUCCAUCUGUCUGGAUUUAAUUUGAUACACUCUAGACAUAAAAUACAUAAAAUUCACAGCCUAUUUAAACUGUUACAAGGGGAGACUUUCUUAUCAAGGAGCUCUUCUGUGUAGCAGUUUAAAUAUUUUUCCUUUCAAAAUCACACUGGACUGAAUUUUUUUUUUUUUUAUUUGAACUGGUUUCAAAUACUAACUUAACUCAAGGAGCGCUUUAGUGAGAAACCCAAGCCUCUUUUACCAGCUUCCCAAAAACUGACAACAUCACUACUAAACUGAACCAAACAAAAA